AGGAAAAAUUGAAGAGUAGAAUUAACAUGACGGUAAAGAUUUUACACUGAUGAAGUUUUUUAUUGCCGAGAAAUCGUUAACUUCGUUUUAAAAGAGAAAAUGAUCGUUUUAAUACGUAGACGUCUACUACUUAUUUAAACUUUAUCGGUUAUGUUCGUUGGCACAGUUGUUUUGGAGAGUAAAAUUUCUUCGAGUAAAUGUUGAAUUAAAAUGAUAACAUUUUCGUUCGCUGUAUAACGUUAAAUGUUAUGUACACUCAUUGUUUCGGGAUUAGAAUGAUUCGAGAUGUAUAAUGUUUCAGUAAGUGUUGGUGUUAUAAAAUGAAAGUAGGUUAAUUUUGUAAAUAACAAGAAGUGUACAAAAUUUCUUGAAUACAGUAAACGUAUCUAUUCAAUUAUAAUAGUUUAAAAGAAGAAAUUUGAAAGAAGCAACGUUAACAUUGGAAGGAAAGGAACAUGUUUAAAAAUACAUUCCAAAGUGGAUUUCUAUCGAUCUUGUAUAGUAUCGGUAGCAAGCCUUUACAAAUUUGGGAUAAAAAAGUAAGGAAUGGUCAUAUAAAACGAAUAACGGAUAAUGAUAUACAAAGUUUAGUAUUGGAAAUAUUGGGUAGCAAUGUCAGCACCACGUAUAUCACGUGUCCAGCAGAUCCUAGAAAAACUUUGGGUAUUAAAUUGCCAUUCUUAGUGAUGAUCAUUAAAAAUCUGAAAAAGUACUUUACAUUUGAAGUUCAGGUAAUCGAUGACAAGAAUGUACGUCGUAGAUUUCGAGCUAGUAAUUAUCAGUCCACUACCAGAGUUAAACCAUUUAUUUGUACUAUGCCAAUGAGAUUGGAUGACGGCUGGAAUCAAAUUCAAUUUAACUUAGCUGACUUCACUAGACGCGCAUAUGGAACAAAUUACGUGGAAACGCUAAGAAUUCAGAUCCAUGCUAAUUGUAGAAUAAGAAGAGUGUACUUUUCUGACAGAUUGUAUUCUGAAGACGAAUUGCCUGCAGAAUUUAAAUUAUUUUUACCAAUACAGAAUAAAGCAAAAUGUUAAAUUAGAAGUACAUUUAUAACAUUUCACAAAACAAUCAGAAUAUACCAUUGAUAUUUAUAAACUGAUCAUUUUUUUUACUUGGAUUUACUGUGGGAGUGUGUACAAUGAGUAUAUACUUUGUGCUUUAACAACAUAUUUAUUAUGUAUAUUAUUUUAUGAUAAUAUCCAUACGAAAUGUACAUUUUUUUUUAGUUCCUAUUAUAACUUUAUUCCAAUAAAAUUAAUACAUGUUAACUGGUUA